CAAAGUGACAGACGGAAAGAGGAGUGUCCCAACACUUGUCCCAUUCUCCUCCUGCAGCCGCCCCCCUCUCCUCCCUUCUCUGGGAGGGAAUUGGAUUCUCAGCCAGGAUCAGUCGCUCCUCGCUGCUCACCUCUCACACACAGUCGGACCCCACAGGGCAGCAGCCAGGCGGGCCGAUCACCGGGGUACAUCACACAACUUACCCCUUUAACCCUUUCCACCUCCUCCAGGAUCAGGCCGUCUCACCCCUCCGUGCCAUAUAAGAUGCGAUUCCUCGGCUGGCCCCUGCUUCUGUGUGUCCUGCUGUGCGGGGGUAUCAAUGGGGAUCCCGCCAUCUCCCCUCGGCUGAAGCUGUCCUAUCACGAUCUUUCCCCCCACGGCCUGCGGACUUACACCAACAACCGCUCCUGCUGCUACGACGCCCUCUUACUAGACGAGGAACGCGGCCGCCUCUUUGUGGGCGGGAAGAAUUACCUGUUGUCGCUGAGUCUGGAUGACAUCACCAAGAACGAGCAGCUGAUUCAUUGGCCGGCGCUCGUGGAAUGGCGGGAAGAAUGCAACUGGGCAGGAAAAGACAUUAAUGUAGAAUGUAUGAACUAUGUGAAGAUCCUUCAGCUGUAUAAUCGCACUCACCUGUACACCUGCGGCACUGGAGCCUUCCACCCGGCCUGCGGCUACCUGCACGUGGGACAACGCACAGAUGACACGGUGUUCAAGCUGGACAUCAGCAGGCUGGAGGAUGGGAAAGGCCGCUGUCCAUACGACCCCAAACAUGCAGCGGCUUCAGUGCUUAUCGGAGAUGAAAUGUACUCCGGAGUCGCCACGGACCUCAUGGGACGGGACUUCACCAUCUUCCGCAGCCUGGGGCGGCGCCCGCCGCUGCGCACUGAGCAGCACGAUUCCCGCUGGCUGAACGAGCCGAAGUUUGUGAAAGUUUUCUGGAUCCCGGAAAGCGAGAACCAAGACGACGAUAAAAUCUACUUCUUCUUCCGGGAGACGCCGGUCGAGGGGCUCGGAGGCGUCAAACAGUCGUACGCUCGGAUUGGACAGAUCUGCCGGAAUGAUGUGGGAGGUCAGCGGAGCUUAGUGAAUAAAUGGACGACAUUCCUGAAGGCGCGACUGGUCUGCAGCAUGCCAGGAACCGACGGCGGAGGGGACACUUAUUUUGAUGAGCUCCGUGAUGUUUUCCUGUUGCAGACCAGAGACAGAAGGAAUCCUCUGAUCUACGCUCUCUUCUCAACCUCCAGCUCGGUGUUCCGCGGCUCAGCGAUCUGCGUCUACACCAUGAAUGACAUCCGCAGAGCCUUCCUGGGGCCCUUUGCUCACAAGGAGGGGCCCAACUACCAGUGGGUGUCCUACCAGGGCAGAGUGCCGUACCCCCGGCCUGGCAUGUGCCCCAGUAAAACAUUUGGAAGUUUUGAUUCCACCAAAAACUUUCCGGACGACGUCCUGCAGUUCGCCCGCAACCACCCGCUCAUGUUCAACCCCGUGGUGCCAGGAUCUGGAAGGCCGAUCUUCCUGCGCAGUCACAAUGGCGUCACCUUAACCCAGCUGACCGUGGACAGGGUGGCGGCCGCCGAUGGAGAGUAUGAUGUCAUGUUCAUCGGAACAGAUGUUGGCUCGGUGCUGAAGGUCAUAUCGGUGCCCAAACACAGCUGGCAUCACCGGGAGGAGCUGGUCCUGGAGGAGCUGCAAGUCUUCAAGAACGGCUCGGCGAUCACCAGCAUGCAGCUGUCAUCCAAGCGGCAACAACUGUACGUGGGCUCAGCGGUCGGCAUUUCCCAGGUGCCCCUGCAUCGUUGCGGUAUCUACGGGAAGGCGUGUGCAGAGUGCUGCCUGGCCCGGGAUCCCUACUGCGCCUGGGAUGGGACCAGCUGCACGCGGUACCUACCCAACACAAAGAGGAGGUCUCGUCGGCAGGAUGUGAGAAAUGGCGACCCCAGCAGUCUGUGCUCAGGAGAGCAGCAGAGGGCGACUGUUCAGGAGAAGCGCCUGUUUGGAGUGGAGGGAAGUACAGCAUUCCUAGAGUGUCUCCCCAAAUCCCUGCGUGCCAGGGUCACGUGGACUCAUCAGAAGUCUCCAGAAUCACCCAGGAAAGAGGUGCAGUUUGAUGAGCGCAUUAUCGGCACCGAUCGUGGCAUCCUACUGCGCACAGUAAUGAGGCGUGACACCGGGACCUAUCUAUGCCACUCUUCAGAACACGGCUUCACGCAGGUCCUCCUCCAGCUGAACCUAGAAGUCAUUCCGACCUACCGAGCGGAGGAGACCCUCGGGCCCCAUCGCGUUCCACCGAUGAGGUGGUACCAGGACUUUAUGCGGCUUGUCCAACAGCCAGGAUCUAAAGGCGAGCAGAUGUGCGAGGAGCUGUGGGCCCGCAAGGGCCGGGCCACGCACCCACCGGGCCCCCAGGGAGCUCCUCAGGUGCCGGCGGCAAAAGGCCCAGGCCGACCGGUACCACCUCUAAACAUGAAAGUGAAAGCCCAGAAAUGGAAACACCUGGAGGACAAGAUCAAAGUGCGGAGUCGCCGGACGCAUGGACACCAAAGGGCCGAACGGGGCCCUCGCAGUGCUUCAAGUUAGGUGAGGGGGACUCCCAAAAGUCGUGAACUUCUAAACUGUACUAAGCGUGGUGUGGGAGAACCUCUGUGGGGGGGGGCCGUCUGAGACUUGUGACACUUUGAUGGACCUUUGUAUCAAUACUGGGACAAUAUAACAACGUACUGCUUUGUCACCCUAACCUCUACCAAAGACUGCGCCUUACCGCGCUUCUAAACCAUCACCAUUCCGACACACUCCAAGAGUGGCCUUCUUACUGACCCUCUUCUACUGAGGAUUCAGCUUGCAGACUGGUGACAUGGCGUGUUACGGCUGGGCGCUUAUGGAUUCUGGAGGUACCUAAAACUCUGCUAAGCCACAUUUUCUCCAACACUAAACACGACAACCUCAGUGUCAUUUCAGAAGACUCUUCCUGAGAAGUCACCAUUUAUGGCACCAUUAUGGCGUUCCUCAAGGUUCCUCAGGGGUUCUUCAAGGUUCCUCAAGGGUUCCUCAGGGGUUCCUCAAGGGUUCUUCAAGGGUUCCUCAAGGGUUCUUCAAGGGUUCUUCAAGGGUUCCUCAAGGGUUCCUCAAGGGUUCCUCAGGAGUUCUUCAAGGGUUCCUCAAGGUUCUAACAGCUGGGAGCAAGAAUUAAAAAUUUACAGCUCACAUCUCCAUCUCUGGUUCCUCGUGAACGGACAGACCUAACCACUUACAUCUCCGAAGUUCCAAUGUGCACCGAACACUCCGCAUUAUUUCAUGACACGCGCUUCGGUAUAAGAACGCGCUAUAUUAAGAUACCUCUCAACUCAACUCAACACCCCUCAAAUAUUUAUUUCGAAAUUGCGCCAACAAGUUUACCCAAUACGCUAGGCCUUCCAGCACCGCUGCCGCGCUAAAACCUGGCCCAGCGCGACUUGGCCCGGCACCAAAUUCCUCCCCCCCCAACCAAUGAGCUGCCUUUGUUGUACAGACGGACUAUAUAUUAUUAUUAUUAUUAGUGUAAAUAUUAUUAUUAAAGUCUAACUUAACCCUUUGUUUUCUGCUGCUACAGAUGGAAGCGAUCACCAGCACCGUUUGGGUGAGGGGGGAGGGGGUGCUGGACAACCCGGCGCACAGCCGGAAAGACAAAAUGACCUAUUAAGUUAACACAAUAAAAAGUGAUUUUAUUUGAAA